AUGUGGCUGUAUUAUAUAAUUUCUGCAGUUGUUGCAGGCGUGAUUUACUACAUAACAUUUGUGCCUUUACAUUAUAAAAGUGUGGAUUCAGGCAACAAAAAAUCAGCAAUAAAUCAAGCAAGACGACUAAGAAAACCAGGCACAAACAUCCCACCCCCGUAUCCAAAUGGAUGGUUUGCACUUGCAACUUCAGAUGAGAUCAAGCCAGGAACAGCAAAAAGUAUUGACUGCCUUGGAGAAAAUUUUGUAGUUUUCAGAUCUGCAGUGACCAAACAAGUCUAUGUCCUAGAUGCUUACUGUCCACAUAUGGGAGCAAAUAUAGGUAUAGGAGGUGUUGUGAAUGGUGAAUGCAUUAAAUGUCCAUUUCAUCAUUGGAACUUCGAUGGCAAAGAUGGAUCAUUAGUUGAUAUCCCAUAUAGUGAUGAUCUUAAAAGCGUUCAAAAGUUUUCAAGAAUCAAGAAAUGGACAUGCAGAGAGGUCAAUAAGCUGAUUUUUCUCUGGUAUCAUGCAGAAAAUGAGGAACCGUGGGAAAUUCCAUCAAUUUUUGAAGUAGAAAAUAAUGAACUUUGGAUGCAUGGAACUAAUGAGUUUAUGAUACAUUCGCAUAUUCAAGACAUUCCUGAAAAUGGAGCAGAUUUGGCUCACUUAGCUGCUGUCCACGGUCCAAGUUUGUUUGCCGGCACAGACAUCAACUCAUUCCGAGAAAAGAUUUUAUCAGUAGGAACACAUCUCUGGGAUGCAAAAUGGUCUGUGAGUGAAAAUUUAAAGCACAUGACUAAUAUCAAGCUUAGUCAUAUCAUCCAAGUUUGGUUGUGGAAAUUCUUUCAAGUGGAUGGUGAUAUCUAUCAGAUAGGGCCAGGCUAUGUGGUACUCAAACUCAAAGCAUUUUUUGGCGAUGUUUUGGUGCUUCAAACAGUUACUCCAAUCGAGCCACUCAAGCAGAAACUUUCACAUUACUUUUAUGCUUCAAAGUUCUUGGGAUUUAUCAUGAAAUUUGUAAUUUUUGGCGAGACAGUUCAAGUAGCUAGAGAUGCCAUGAUUUGGGAUUAUAAGACGUUCGUAAGAAAUCCAAUCCUUCCAAAAGAAGAGAAGCAAAUUAAGUUGUAUAGGAAUUGGUUCUCACAAUUUUAUUCAUCAAACAGCAAAAGUUUUCAAGACUCAAGAAAUGACUUGACUUGGUAG